AGCGACAUUUCCUGUCCCUGGGGGCCAGGGUGAGAGGAGAGAUGAGUUGCUGAGUGUGCACACCUUUUAGGCACACACCCGCUCUGCCCUGGGCCCCUGCCCAGGCUGCCCCCAUGGAGAUGCCCCUGGCCCAGGUAUGCUGUCAAGGGAGUCACAAAGCCCCGGCCCCCACCUUCACCACCCUCCAGCCCAUGGACAUGGCCCGAAGGAGCUGCCAGGGCCUGGGCUUGUUCCCGGAGCCCACACUGCAGACCCUAAGGGCAGAAGAGCCCCAGCCCAGUCCUAGGGCCCCGGCUGCUGCCCACACUUCGGCAUUUCCCCCAGCCCUGGGAGCUGCCUCUGUCCCAGGGAAUGCAGAGGCUGAAGAGGUGCCCGAGGAAGGCAGCCUGUCUCUGCAGGCCGAGAUCCGGGCUUGGUUCCAGAAGACUCAGGCCCACUCGCUCAUGCAGUGCGGGGCAGCCCCUGCCUGGUUCCACGGCUUCAUCACCCGAAGGGAGGCCGAGAGGCUGCUGGAGCCCCAGCCUCUGGGAUGCUACUUGGUGAGGUUCAGCGAGAGCGCCGUAACCUUCGUGCUAACCUACAGGAGCCAGGCUUGUUGCCGCCACUUUCUGCUGGCCCAGCUCACGGACGGGCGCCACGUGGUGCUGGGCGAGGACAGCGCCCACGCACGGCUGCAGGACCUGCUGCGCCACUACACUGCGCGCCCGCUCAGCCCCUACGGGGAGACGCUCACCCAGCCCCUCGCCCGCCAGACUCCAGAGCCUGCAGGACUUUCCCCAAGGACUGAAGAUUCAGACUCUGCAAGCAAAGGCCGGGACCCAAACCCCCUGCACAAACGGAGCCUGGCACCAGCCCCAAGGCACAGAGAAAGGGCUUGGGAGACUAAGGAGGCCCCACCCCCCAGAUCCAAGCCUCCUGUCCCCGCCAAGCCUGCAUUGCCCCCUGAGCUCUACGCAAGCCCCAUGCCACGACCCCGACCAACCCCACCACUCAUGCCGGCGCCCCCCAUCUACCACGAGCCCGACGAGCCCAUUGCUUUCUACGCCAUGGGCCGGGGCUGCCCCACUGAGGCUCCCAGCCACAUCUAUGCGGAGCUGGACAGGCUGGAGGUAUGCAGCCAGAAUCCAGGCAGUCUGCAGCUGCGUCCUGACAACUCUGUGCCUGGACAAGGCCCUCCCCCGCCCCAGCAGCCUCCACCUCCCUGGAGGCACACCCUUCCCCCCAACCUUUCCAGACAGGUGCUUCAGGACAGAGGACAGGCAUGGCUUCCCCUUGGGCCUCCUCAGUAGGUGGAAGCCUAGAACUCAGAGGAGCAAAUGUGGAAUCUGCCUCCUCUUAGGGACCUGUGAACUGACCCGUUCCCAAGAGUCUCCAAAAAUCGACUGCCUCAGUGCCAGCAACCCUCUAAGAUGGCAAGAUUGUUCAAGGAGUCUCUGCCGGCUGCUGCCCUGGUUUCUCCUCGUGGAGUCUAAUUUCCUUGGUCCUCUGGGCCUUUGAGUCUGGGCUCUGGUCCAAUGCUGCUGUUGUCUGAGGAAUGGUUUGGCGAGAACAGAUGUUAGAACUUGUUUGUUGAUUCUCUAAUAAAUCAUCACCAACAACCUGCCACCCUCUGGGAUCCAA